AUGACUGAGCGAGGCGCAUUUGCAAGUGCGCAAGCUGCGUACGAGAAACCACGCUUAAGUUACGCAGUUCGUGUUUCAUUGGUGGUCGAUUUGAAGUCCCUGCGUCCCGCACUUGUUGUCCCAAGCUGGAGAAACAGCCGUUUCGCGGAAGGAAAUAGGAUCAAACAUCACACCCCUCUGGUCACCCUGGCUUUUAAUUGCUUCGAUGGAUACUGCCUUCCACAGCAGGAAUGUGAGUUUGUUGAUACGGUCCAGGAGGAGCUGGAUGCCUUCCUACAGAGGGACGGGCAGAAGAGCGUCCUGCUCUUCCCGCCACUGCCGAGUCGACUGCGCUACCUGAUCCACAGGACUGUGGAGAGCUGCCAGUCCCUGGGCACCUUCUCGGUGGGUGAAGGCUGGAGCCGCAGGGUGGUGGUAUGCCCCGCCCACCUCAGGUUGCCCUCAGAGGAGGAGGGGGACCUAGAAGAAGGCCAGCAUGAGGACUUCCAGGGGCGGACCCAGGAGACAGAGGCCCGGAAACACCGCCCCCACCUGGAGCCCCGGCAGACUCGGAGCCGGGCAGCCCGUCGCCCUGACAAGGCCAUCUAUGUCCCACGAGCCAUGAGGGACAAGGCCGGCCCGGGCUCCGACCCCACCCAGGCCCAGCUCACGCCGGACAACUCGGGCUGCAGCCCGAAGAAGAGCACCUCGGGGACCGGUCCUGAAAUCGGCACAGACCUUGAGGGUCAGUCAUUCUUGCCUGCCAGCCAGGACACAGGCUCCAAAGCCACCAACAAGUCUGCCAGCGAGCAAGAGGUCUCUGAGCUCCCCUCCGACUCCAGCGGCCACGCCUCACUGGCGGCGUGGGAUCAGACCCUGUCCAACUUCAUGGCUAUGUCUCUGAAGCACCAGGCACUGGAUGAGUCUGGCUCACCAGCAGUGGAGCUACCAGCAGGGGGCGCAGCAGACUUGGAGGAUUUUACUCAAGAGAUCAUUGCGAACCUGAGGGAAGCAGACCCCCUGAUCGAGAGCGCCCGCAAUGACUACUCCUGCUACCAGAACAUGUUGUUAAGCUCGGACGAAUUCGCCCAUGUCAUUGAAAUCUACGACUUUCCCAAACACUUCAAGACGGAGGACCUGCUGAAUGCCUUCGCAGCCUUCAGCGAGGGAGGCUUGAGGAUCACGUGGGUGGAUGACACCUGUGCCCUGGGAGUGUUUUCCAGCGAGUCAGCAGCUCAGCAGGCUCUGUCUAUACAGCACCCAUUGCUGAAGGCACGAAGGCUGACUGAAGGCAGCAGGAAAGCCAAGGGGAAGGCCUUCAGGCGUGCAGAGUUCAUCCAGCCAGUGAAGGAGAGACCUCGCACUGAUACGGCAGUGGCGCGCAGGCUGGUGACCAGGGCACUGGGCCUGCAGAGGGGUGGCGUCCGGGGGAAGCGGUCUUGACGUCGUGCCCGUCACAGGACCCUGGAUGGCAAAUGGACUGAUAUCCACUAUACAGAACAGCACAUGGGAUUGGGAAACGUGUCUUAGAACAUGCUGUUCCAGCCAGUAACUGUUGCCUUGUUGCUGGCAGUUUUGUGGUCGAGCAGAUGUUUGUGCGUGACACCAGAAGUGAGUCAGUGCUGGAGAAGACCUGCAUGUUUGGCUUGGAUGGUCAUGCAGCCCAUGCACAGGCAAGCGAUGUUUAUGUUUAGCAGAGAGUCAGCUGUUGGACUGCGCAGUCUACGUUAUGAAAGAGCUGAGGUUUAUACCAUCACAUAAACCACUGGCCUGUUGCCUGUAUGCAAUAAUGAGCUUAACUGUACAUCCGUUUAUUGGGCCACAAUCGUCAUUUUGAAAUGAAUGACAUCUGUCACUCCCUGUUAUGAUGAUGGCAAACUUCUUCAGAGAACUUUCUUUAGAGGAAUUCUGGGGGGCCGUGAAAGGAACUGGAAUCUGCUUUCAGUGGUUUAACCGACACUGCUUUGAAAAAUCACCAUCUUCCAGCAUCUUUAUACAAAGCAAAUCUAUUAUACGGAGUCCCGGGAGAUUGAAAGUGCACAGAUUGACUAGAAACUGAAACUAAAGCUCGGAACUAAGGGAAAAGACUUUGGUGUUUUUACCCACUUAAAUGAGCCUGUAAUUUAGUUGUUUUACCAAGCAGUUCAGUUCAUGUGGUGUUUGCUUUUAAAAAUUUGUUUUUUUUUUUUUUUUUACAUCAGUAAGGCCUUAAAUUCAAUCAACCCCUUUGUAAAAGGUGUAUUAUUUGUAAAGACAUAAAUUAAAGCCUACUUUGUUUAUGAAUCCCUCUGCUUAUAUAUUCAAUAUACACAGUGUUUGUAUCAAUAAAUUGUGACAGGAGUG